GUGAUUCCGUGCCCCAAAAACCACAUCUGCUUCACUAAACUACCCUCGAUUUGAUCGUUCAUUUCUCCCUUUCCCUUUUUCUUUUACACAUUAACACAAUCUCUCUCCCUCCCUAGUUUGCCAGUCUUGGCAGUGUUUCAGUGGCAGUGAAAGAAAAGAGAGCGAGAGUUUUCAUUGGGAAGGUAACGCUUUGCUCCACAAUCCAACCCUUACCCUUACCCACCCUACCUUUUCUCUCUCCCUUCUCCUCCUCCUUCCCAUUUCCAACGCCUAAAGAUAUAACCCUUACUUUUCCUCAUCAACUGACUAAAGACUAACACUAACUACAACAAACCACUAUUUAGGAUUUUCUGUAAAAAGGCUGAACAAGUAAGCAUAAAACUCGGGAGCCUCUUUGCAAAUAAAGACAGAUUGCUUAUGCGUGUGUACAACCAAGAGAGAGAGAGAGAAACCACAUAAAUCAUAAUCAAAUCUUCUUCAAGGGUUUUUAACCAAAACCAAAGGGCACUUACUCAAUCACACAUAUUGAGACAUGGAAAGUGGUGGUGGUGGUGGCUCAAGCAGCAAUUCCUGCUUCAUGGCCUUUGGAGAUAACAACAAUAUCAACGGUUACUGCCCCAUAAUCAUGCCUGAUUCCGGCGCCGGAAACCCCCCUUUUCUCCCUCUCCCUUCCACCAAUGACAUCACCAGCACAGGCUAUUAUUUCAUGGAUAGCACCAACGACACCAAGGCUAAAAUCAUGGCUCAUCCUCACUACCACCGCCUCUUGUCUGCUUAUGCCAAUUGCCAAAAGAUAGGAGCGCCGGCGGAGGUGGUGGCGAAGCUGGAGGAGGCGUGCGCGUCGGCGGCGGCGAUGAGCCGGCACUGCACGAGCUCCGUCGGAGAAGAUCCGGCGCUGGACCAGUUCAUGGAGGCCUACUGCGAGAUGCUGACGAAAUACGAGCAAGAGCUCUCCAAACCCUUCAAAGAAGCCAUGCUUUUUCUAUCCAGAAUUGAGUGCCAAUUCAAAGCCCUCGCUCUCUCCCCUUCCGCCUCCGCCUCCGCCUCCGCUGCUUGUACCGAAGCAAUGGAGACUAACGGCUCGUCUGAAGAAGAGGUCGACAUUAAUAACAGCUUCAUAGACCCUCAAGCAGAAGACAGAGAGCUGAAAGGCCAGCUUCUACGGAAAUACAGCGGAUAUCUUGGCAGCCUCAAACAGGAAUUCAUGAAGAAACGAAAGAAAGGAAAGCUGCCUAAAGAAGCCCGUCAACAACUCCUCGACUGGUGGAGCAGGCAUUACAAGUGGCCAUAUCCAUCGGAAUCUCAGAAGCUGGCGUUGGCUGAAUCGACCGGUCUGGAUCAGAAGCAGAUAAACAACUGGUUCAUCAACCAAAGGAAACGGCACUGGAAGCCGUCUGAGGACAUGCAGUUCGUGGUGAUGGAUGCUGCACACCCUCACUAUUACAUGGACAAUGUUUUAGGCAAUCCUUUCCCGAUGGAUAUAUCGCCUGCGCUCCUCUAAAGAGGUGGCUUGAGACGUUGAUCCGAUUAUUUGUCACCAAUGAAUCCAAGAACUGCUAUUUAGUAUGUGUGUCUAUAGUGCUGUAGCUAACUUUUAACUGCUGAAAGUCUAUAGUUUGUAGCUUUCAGUUCGUAUGCCACUGCUAUAUAUAUUUUCAGUAGUAAUGCUUAAAGUGGACCUGGACUUUGGUCUUACUAAAUGUAUUAUUAUUAUUAUUAUUA